AGAGUGUUAAGAAAGCUUUCGCAGAAGUGCUUCCCAUCUUCCUCCUCUUCGAACCACUUCAGCGUUUCUGAAACCAAAACGCGAUUCCAGUUCAAAUAGAAAUCGCACUUUUCAAUUCCUCUUCGCAACUCCCAUGAUGCAUUCGCGUUAGGAAUGAACGCUUUCGCAUUCUCCAACACCCUCGAACAGCGUUGGUAACCACAAUUCAAAGCCAUAUAGGGUUUCGGUGCACUUGAAAACACCGUUGUCCAUGGACGGUGGCGAUGACCCUUCAGCAUUGGCAUGGCUUUGGGUCAUUGAAGCCCUAUCAGCCUGUAAAGAAAUCCCGGAUAGCACUUUGCUGGGUUUGAUUGAUGCAGCACCUGUGGCGAAGGAUAAAUUUGGUGAAAAUACAAAGGAAAUGGUUUCUUUGAGGUGCUUGGAGAAACUGUCCACUAGUAUGGUUGACCGUGUAGCUUCUUCUACAUCGGAUUCCAGAGCUGGAUUUGAUUUUUCGCGGAGUUGUCAAGAUGUCCUCCAGGAAAUAUUGGAUGAGAUCCCAUUAUCAAAUCUGAAAAUGACUGGAGCGCAGCUUUUGAAAUCAGAUGUUUACCCGUUUAUAAAUCACAAAAGAGCUGGCACUUCUAAAUGUCACUUAGAGCAGCUGAGACAAACAAUCUUGGAAGGUACUCAUCCUCAUACCGAUUACUUGAAAGAAAGGAGUGGAUUAUUUCCGCAGAAUAACAGUUACUCAGUGAUUGUAAAUGAUGUCAAACGUGGUGAUCAUUCAGCUAAGGAAGCUGGGAACUCUGCCAAUACAGAAAACAUGCUAGGAAAAGAUAACUCAGUGUCCUUGACUUUAGAGAAUGGGAAUAGAUCUUCGAGAGAACACUUGCGUGAUGAUAAUCCUUCACCCUCUAAGAGGAGUAGGGUUUACUCAGUUGAUGAUUAUCUUAAAAAACACUUUUAUGCAAAGCAAGUCUGUCAGAAGGAAUGUGAUGAUUUCUUUAGAACUUCAAAGAGGGUUAAAUUUUCUGCAUCUACAAGUUUUGAGCCUAAGAAAGAGAAGCUAGAUUCUCAACAAAGACAGGAAGUGUCGGAACAUUUAACUGAAAGAAUUCUUCUAGUUUCUGAACAGGGAGAUCAUCCUGUAGAAAAUAAUAACGAGGAAACUGUGGGUUGUGGGUCCUUAGAGGAUAUUCUCAAUAGAUGCAUUGUUUCAAAAUUGUGCCAACCCAGCAGCCAUAUUGAAGUUCCCCCUGAUGAAUCAAAUAUUCCUUUUAAUGAUGCUUUGAUGCAUCAACAUAUAUUUGAUGGUGAAAAUUCUCAGCAUCUGCUGGUUAAGUCAAUUCCACAUGAAGCACUUGCAGAUGGAAUCCAACAUGAGAUUUCAGAAGGUAAACCCACGUCUAAACAUGAAAAAGAUUUACAACUUGAAGAUCCAAAUGACUCACCGCAUCAAAUUGCUGGUGUUAAAGCACUAGAUCAUAGUGGGAAUGGUUGUGGAGUAGAGAAAUCAGGUGAUAUUGGGUAUCAAGGUGAAAAAACUAGCCUUGAAAUGAAGAAGCAGACAGUACAAAAUCGUUGUUUGAAGUGUAAUGAAGGUGACCAAUUACCAAUUCGUGAUGUAAAUAUCGUCCAACCAGUGGUUACUGAAUGUUGUCUCGGUAUGACAACUACCAUGCCAACAAAUGAUGCUAAUGCAGAAAAAAAUCAGCAAACAAUUAAUCUACACCAACCCAAACAGACGGAACCAGAUAUCGCAACGUUAAAUCUCUUCCAAGAGCCAGUUGCUUGUGAUGAAACUAUAGUUGGUGUGGUUAAUGGUUGUGGAGCAGAGUUAUCAAGUGAUAGUGAUGGAUAUCACAACGAAAAAGAAUGUCUUGAAGCAAAAAAGCAUGAAUUCCUGCACUCCCACUGCAUGGUUGAUCAAGAUUUCUCAGCAAUGAAUGAACCAAAUGAAAAAAAUCUUUGCAUGAAGUGUAAUAAUCAAGGUGGCCAAUUAUUGAUUUGUAAAACAACUACUUGCCCAAUCAUGGUGCAUGAAAACUGUCUAGGUGCCUCUGCACAAUUCGAUGCAAAUGGCGACUUUUUUUGCCCAUUUUGUGCAUAUUCUCGCACUAUUUCAGAAUAUAUUGAAGCUAAGAAAGAAGCUUCCUUGGCAAGGAAGGAAUUGGCCAUCUUUAUUAGUAAAGGUAAAAUGAGUCAAGCUGCCGAGAGUCUUCUUUAUGAAUUUCGUACACAAGAACAUUGUUUUUCAAGAAAGAGUAGUGAGUAUGAACAUAUUCAUGUCAAAAACAACAAAGAUGAACAGUUAACAAGGUGUGGAGACAAUAGAGAAGAUCAUGUUGGUGAGCAUGCAAAUGAAACCAAUAAUCUUCAGUUUGGAAGAAGUCAGCAACAAGCGCCUAUAUCAUGUACCCAUUCAUCAUUCAGAGAAAAGGAAAAUAUAAGCAAUAGAUCAGUUGAAUUUUUAAGAGAAGAGAAAAUAGGUCAAAUGCCAAAUGCAAAGAACAUAACUGGUGUAAGAGGUGAAGAAAAUGAAGUGCCAACUGACUGUGUAGAUGGACUUGUUGGUGACACAUGUACUAGUGAAAAAACAAAUAUUGCCCUUGUUAAUAAAAGCAACUCUAGAUAUGAAAGUUCACAAGAAACAACAAAACAGCUAGAUAUUGAUGGAGCAACUGAACCAGUUUGUGCACAUAAUACUGGAAAAGAGGAAAUGUCUGAAAAUGAUUGUGAAAAGGAUAGUAUUUCUGGAUACACCUUGAGACACCGUAAACACAAAAUGCAAUGCAAACCUGAGGCACACCCUGCAUUUCUGGCUAAUCAAUUAAGACGAAAAAAAAUUCCGUGGACAGAAGAGGAGGAAGAGAUGUUAAGGGAAGGAGUACAGAAGUUUGGUUUGGAUGACCCAAAGAAAUGGAAAAACAUUUUGGCAUUUGGUUCUCAUGUGUUUGAGAAAGUUGGUAAGCGUCGUACACCACAAGACCUGAAGGAUAAAUGGAAGAACAUGUGCAAAGCUUCCCCAAAAUAAAAAUGAAGGGCUUCAUCUCAAGUUAUACUUGAAAGAGUGGUCAUCUGUCUGCCGCUGUUCCUCAUUCUCAUAUGACUGGCAGUAGUCGAAAAUUAGGUAAAAUUAGUAUUCUCUAUACAUGGUCCCAAUUCUACCAAAACUACUUCAAAUUUUAUCUUAUUAAAUCUGAAAUGCGCCUGUGUCAUGCACUCCCUUACCGAUUUUGGGAAUUGUCUGUACCAUGUUCGUUCACUUCAGGGGAUAUUUUAGUCCUUUUAAAAAGGAGAAAAUGUUGCAUUGAUUCCUCUCGUAACAUAUUAUUAAUUGAUAUAAUGGACAGGACCCAUAUCUACACAGUAUCCAUACCAACAUAUAUGGUUCAAACGAGGGUUUUGUGCCAUAAUAUCUUGACCUCAAAACACAAGAAUUAUGGUUUAUGGAUCUUUAUUUAUACCUUCAAAAUUCAGUAGUUGAAUAUGUAUUCAUUUUCUGGUUUUGGAUGUGCUCAAAUUUCGAUAUUUACUUCGUAUCCUAGGAUCAUUUUGGUUUACCAGAUUACUCUGGUUGAAUCAAGUGUACGACAUCUAGUUUAUGUAUGUAUGUUGUUUGCUUAUCUAAUGCAUUGCAUUUUGUUAUUCCCUCAAGAAACUUGGCAGAUGAUAUUUAUAUUGUCACAGCUAGUCUCCUAUUACAUUUACGGCAUCGCCUUUACCCUUACAAGUAAGUUGCACAAUCUUUUGCCAAGAGAAGGGAAUCAUUGAAGUGGUGCCUUACAUGCCAUUUAACAACUAGGUUGAUCAGCCCAGACCUUUUGAUUGCCAAUGUUGUUGAUUCAGCUCUACCAUUUUGAAUCAAUUUUCGGUGUAAAUGUUCACAUAAACUAGUCGCUUGUAUUAUAAGGUUCUAGUGAAAAUGUGAAAUCUUCAUGGUAUAUCUCAAUAUGUUUUACCCAGAUGUUUCAUGUGAAUUUUCUUUUUCACUUACAAGUUUGAUUUCAUUCUUUUCCUCAAA